AUGCGCAUCGCCGUAGCGGGUUCUGGCGCCAUGGCCAGGUACAUCUGUGACGAAUUCCCCAAGUAUGGCCAUCAAGUCGUCAUACUGUCACGAAGCGACAAGCCGAUCUUCAACGGCCGUCCUAAUAUCUCGCAAGUUGUCACGGAUUACUCAGUUGAUUCGUUGGUCGCCGCAAUUGACAACUGUGAGAUGUUGAUCUCCAUGAUCCUCUCCUACGGGACCGAUUUCAUCGAUGUCCACCUGAACCUGAUCAAGGCAUGCCAAGCCAGCCCGAAAUGCAAACGUUUCGUCCCAUCUGAAUACGCAGGUGAUCUGGUGAAUUACCCAGAUCUGCCUAUCUUCUACUACAACACCCGUGAGCCUAUCAGAAAGGUUCUGCGCGAGCAAUCGGAGUUGGAGUGGACACUUGUCAGUGUCGGUUGGCUCGCGGACUAUGUGGUUCCUUCAAAGAACAGAUAUCUUGCGGAUGUUGGCCCGGCAUUUCCUAUCGACCUUGGGACGAACCAGAUCAUCAUUCCAGGUACAGGAAACGACCCUAUUGACGUCACCACGGCCCGGGAUCUGGCCGCGGCAUUGGCAAUGCUCGCCAACGCACCUUCGUGGGAGCCCUAUCUGUACAUAUCCGGUGAAAAGACGACUUGGAACGACCUAGCCAAACUCGUCCAGCAGCGAUAUCCUAGCAUGACUGAGGUCAAACGGAUCGGUCUCGGACAGAUCCUCGAUACGAUUCAGACAUCGACGGAUGAAGAGGAGAUUCUGGUAUCGCACUACCAAAUUUUCACACCACUAAGAGCCGGCUCUCUCGAUCCGGAAUUGGUGCAGCGUCAUCGCGGCAAGUUCUUUGCUGGUUUGAAUUUCCGGACACCAGAAUACCUCAUCAAUGAGGCAUUUGCAAACGGCGAUGCGAUUGUUUGA